UUACCCCUCCCAUUUUGUGCCUACUUUGCGUUCUGGACAGAGUAGCAAGCUUCUGCUCCAGUCCUCAUACAGACUCUUCAAACAGAUUGAGAAGUAUGGCAGUGACAACUCGUUUGACAUGGUUGCAAGAAAAGAGAAUGCAACAUCAUUUUGGAGGAAAGCAGUUUAGCCUUCUUUACAAGGCUAGUGUCCAUGAAUUCUCUUCUGAAAACUUGUUGGAGAAAUGCUGUAACCAAGGACCCACAAUAACUGUGAUUUACAGUGAAAAUUAUGUUACUGGAGCAUAUCUGCUAGACAGUCUCCAGGAAGAAAGGGAAGUUCCUGUCAUUCUUUUUGCACUUCAAGAGACUGAGAUUUCAGAAUACAAAACAGGAUCACAUAGACUAGAGACAUUGUUCUAUGACAUGUAUAGAGAUGCAUUUGGCUACAGAGUUGAUAUUAAGAAGCCUCCUGCUGGAUUCUGGAUGGAUCUAGGAAAUAAAAGGGUGGCUAUGAGCUCAAAAGUAAGUGAAGAACUUGGUCUACCUCAACCUUGUACUACAUCCUUUCAGGAAUGUGAAGUUUUUCGAUGUAAAGAUUUAUUGGACGAAAGAAAGGAAGAAGGAGUCAUUGUGCUCAAGAGGACCUUGCUGUUUGCCAUGAGUACUUAUAAGCCAUAUAAAGACAUGGUUCACCAAAUAAGAAUUCUGCUGCUGGGUCCAACUGGAGCUGGGAAAUCUAGCUUUAUCAACUCAGUGAAAUCUAUUUUUCGAGGCCAUGUGACAAAUCAGGUGCUGGUGGGCUGUGAUGCAACUGGGAUUUCUAAGAAGUACAGGACGUAUCCCAUUAAGGAUGUGAAUGAUGGCCAAUGCCUGCCCUUUAUUCUGUGUGACUCACUGGGGCUGAGUGAGAAGGAAGGCCUGUGUGCGGAAGACAUAGUCUCCAUCUUGAAAGGCCACGUUCCUGACAGAUAUCAGUUUAAUUCUAUGGAACCCAUCACAUCAAGGCAUCAUAACUAUAUUCAUUCCCCAUCACUGCAGGACAGAAUCCACUGUGUGGCAUUUGUGUUUGAUGCCACCUCUGUUGAACAACUCUCUCGUGAGAUGGUGGCAAAGAUCAAGAGAAUACGAAGGGAGAUGAUAAAGUAUGGUGUGGUACAUCUGGCUUUGCUCACUCAUGUGGAUAGCAUCAAUCUGAUUACAGUAGGUGACUUCCCAGACAUCUAUAGCUGUGUGCCUGUGAAACUCAAGCUAGAGACAGUCCACAGAAAACUUGGAUUUGCUCUUUCUGACAUCUUGGUGGUCAGCAAUUAUGUCUCUGAGUGGGAGCUGAACCCUGUGAAGGAUAUUCUAAUCCUCUCUGCACUGAGACAGAUGCUGUGGGCUGCAGAUGACUUCUUAGAGGAUUUGCCUUUUGAAUAAACAGUGCCCAGAAGUGAAUUAUCAAGUAUGCAAAGAAGAAUAUAAAUAUGUGAAUCUUACACAAAUUGAAAAUUUUGCCACAUCAGGGAAGAGAGAAGUAGCUAAGAGUAAAAGGGUGGAUUCUGUUUAUUUCUAGGAUUAAUAGUAUCUGCAAAAUCAUAGUCUCUGCAAUAACUAGGAACAGCAAGAUUUUAUCAUUAAUUGUGAAAGAUAGUCAUAAUUUUUCUUGAAUUUAUAUUGUAUAUCUAUGAGAAAUAAAAUAUCAUUUAUAUAAUCUA